AUGUUUUCAACGUUUUCCACACAGCAUUCUGGUAUGCUACCUGUGAAGCCAGACAGUUAUGCUAUCCAGUUCUAUCUAACGGUAGCCAACGAUGCUAGCACUAAAGUCAUAGUAGCUUCAGGAAAGCCCAGAUGCUGUUGGCAAGUAGAAAAGAACGACAUUGACUGUGAGUCCAUGGUAUUGAUUGGUGGCAAUGAAGCUAUUAUUUCCCCAAGAACAACACAGAAUAUAUCUUUUUUAUUCCCAACAACUUAUCCCAUGGAUAGGAUAGGCAAGUGUCACUUUGUUUUUCAAGUAAAUGAGCAUCGUAUACAACACGUGAUCUUGUUCAACACAACUAAACCAAGGAAAGAACUGGACUGGCAAGAUACCUUAAUAGGUUUUGGUGGCCAACACAAGACUUGUAAAGGCGUCGACUUGGUAAGAUAUCGCUUAAAAAUGGCUUCUGACCAGGACCCACGUGAUGACUGCAAGCCUGUUGACUGUUUGGAAAAGUACAACGGUAAAAGAUCAUUUUUCGAUCAAGAAAAGGGAAAAUGCCAACCCGUCAGAAACUGCUACACCAAGAUGAAAAAUGACAAAGAUUUGCCUGAAAUCGCUUUUGAUAAGGAUCAUAAUAACUGCAAAAGCCUUAUCGGUGAUAAACUAACCGCUGAACAAGAGAAGUUCUUGCUGAACAAGGCUGACAAGAGCUCGCUUGCUAAGAAAAGGUUYAGCCUGGAAGACGUUAAAGAAAUUAACCCGAUACCGCUGAACUGUAACCAUGGUAGUCGUGUGGGCUCAAUGUGUGUCUGUGAUAAUGGCUGGGGUACAGACACCUCAGUGGUGCCGGAUGGUGAUAUGAGAUUCAUAUUCAACUGGUGUAAURAGAGAAUCCUUAAUGAACAGACACUAUCCCAGCAGGCUCAAAGAAUCGCUAUGUUAUCUAAUAUAUUUUAUCAUUUUGUUACCCUUAACCGCGUGCACAAAAAGGGCCUAGGACUAAUCUCCACCAGUCUUCUGAUUGGCUGGAUUAUUAUCAUUUGGGGCUGUUUCAUUGCCGAAUUACCCAAUAAGAGCGCCGAAGAAAACUUGAAAAAUGAUCAAGAUGAUUCAGGCGAAAGUUAUUACAGCAAUAGAUCGAGUUCUCAAUCAGACUCGUCUAGUGAUCGUUAUGGUUUCGUGCUAAGAUCGUACACCGCUCGUAAGGACGACGAACUAACGUUAAAAAGAGGACAACACAUACGAAACGUGCGAGAAACGAAUAGGAAAGGAUGGAUGAAGGGUACUCUAGAGGGCAGAGAGGGAUAUUUUCCUUUGCGCAACGUCAAAGUCUAUUACCAAGAUCAGGACAGUAGCAGCUCAAAUUCUGAACGUGUUUGA